GUAGCUGAAGUAGCAGCAGAGCAGAAGCAGCAGUAGCAAAGUUGUUGUUCAAAAUCGAUGCCCCGUCCGCUACGGACGCCGUUCAUAGCCGCUGUUCAGUUGGCGACGCACCGCCACCAGUUACGCAACAGCGCCGCGACGCUCCUGCAUCUCAGUUACCGUCGGUCCUGCCUCACGUAACUUUGUCCUGCGUGAAGUUGAACACACAGCCAGACGGACGGACGUGAACGAAAAAAAUAAAAGCGCGCGCUCGCAUCCGGGUCCCGCUUUAAUUUGGUUGUUGAUCAGUGGCCGACCAUAUUUACCAACUCUUUUUCAUACUGCAUACUACUGGUUACAUGUGACUUGGCAAAGUCAUCAGAUGGAUAUGGGAGCCGAGAAGGACAAGCCAUGUCUCUUUAGCUGGAGGCUAAUAUUUCUGCUGAGCCACCUCAUCCUGCCGCAUCCUAGCUCGCAGUUGGAUAUACAAUCAUGUAAUGAACCGCUUGGAAUGGAGUCCGGAGACAUUCCGGACGAAGCGAUCUCAGCCAGCUCCUCGUAUGUGCCUAAUGUGGGUCCCAAGAAUGGCAGAUUAAGGAUUGAGAAAGCUGGAGGUGGCUGGUGUCCCAAACAGCAAGUGGAACAAGGCAUUCGUGAAUAUAUCCAGGUUGAUUUGGAAGAUGUUCACGUGAUUACUGGAGUGCAAACACAAGGCAGAUAUGAUAGGGGACGCGGCCAGGAAUACGCCGAAGAAUACACCGUCGAAUAUUGGAGACCGGGAAUGACAGACUGGAAACAAUACCAGAGAUGGGAUGGAAAGCAAAUACUACGUGGAAAUAGUGACACGGCUUCAGUCGAGAGUCAUCGUCUAAUGCCUCCGGUAUUUGCGACCAAAGUCAGAGUUCUGCCCUACAGCGUUCACAGGAGGACUGUCUGUCUCAGGCUCGAGCUCUUAGGAUGUCUAUACGAAGGUGGCGUUCUGGCUUAUACCGCCCCAGAAGGAUCCGAACCGUCGCAGGGAUUGUGGGACAGCUCGUAUGAUGGGCAACGAUCCCGUGGGGAAUUGCACAGUGGCCUCGGAAGACUUGUGGACGGAGAAAUCGGCGCGGACAACUACCGUCUCGAUAUUGGAUAUGGAAAAGGUAACGGUUGGAUGGGUUGGAGAAACGACUCGACAGAGGAGGAUUACAUAGAGAUGAUCUUCAAAUUCGAUCAAAUCCGCAAUUUCAGCGCAGUCCAUCUAUUCACCAACAAUUUCUUCAGCAAAGGCGUGCAGGUCUUCACCAAAGCGAAAGUGAUGUUCAGCAUCGGGGGGAAAUACUACAACGGCCGCACUAUAUCCUAUUCGUACAUGCCGGACCGUGUUCUGGAGAAUGCCAGGAAUGUGACCAUUCAUCUUCAUCACCAGCUCGCCCGUUUCAUCAAACUUCGCCUGUUCUUCGCGGAUCGCUGGCUCAUGUUGAGCGAAGUCUCUUUUGAUUCAGUGCCGGUCGCUGCGAAUGUAACGGAGGAGGAGUUCCUGGACUCUGAUAUUAAUGAACUGAUAAUCCAUUCGAACGGAAACAACAAUAUGGACUCAUUUGAGACGAUUGCGGCCCGAAAAGAUGGCAACGCUUACGUCGAAGUUAUAAUUGGAGUAUUAACGGCCAUCAUGCUGCUUCUGCUAGUCGUCUUCGUUAUAAUAUUAAUAGUGAGCAGAAGACACAAACUCCAAGGUUCCCCAACACUUUUGAGGAAUCCUUUUGGCGUAACAAUUAACAUGAAGGAUUUGCUAAUGACGUUUUCAUCAAGUAAUAACAACGGCGGAAACAGUAACCACCCAACGACGCCCAUCGCUCAAGAACCCCAGGCGGACUCGGUGACCUUUGAACAGUUCAGAUCGCCAUUGGUGAACUCGUAUUUUACGCCGAACUACGCGACUCUCAGGAUGUCCACGGCCGUUGCGGACCCGGAGGAGCCACCGGAAGUGCCGCCGCUCCCGUCUUCACCGUCCCUCCAUCAAAGUCCAAUAACUGUUUCGUCAUCUCCGCUUCAUUAUCGGAGUUUGCAAAGCACACCCGUUAUUAGCCCGAAAUCGAAAAUGAUUAAUCUGGGGAAUUAUUUUCCACGCGUCGCUACGGAUCCGCCCAAUCGGAAGCGAUAUCACACGGCCCCGAGGGAGAAGCAGAGGAUUCCACCGCCUGUGGUCUGCUGGAACAUUGCGCCGAGCAUGGGACACUCGUACACGUGCAGGGAAAUUGACCCUCCGACGGUAUCCCGUUAUUCGUUGACUUCGGUGGAGAAUCUGGGUUCCUGUCACUGCGGCGAGAUUAGUUUGUACGAAACGGAAGAGCUGGAGGACGUAAUUUCGGGGUCGGGCCGUUUAGUGGUCGUCCGGACACCGAAUCCGGCACAAUGUAAAAGCGAUGCAGCCACUGGUUCGAUAGAGUCACUUAGGGAAGUUAGGUUCCUUGCCAGUUUAUCGGAUCCUAAUAUCUGCAGAGUAUUGGGUGUCUGCACGGCGGAAUAUCCUCCGUGGACGAUUAUAGAGUACGGUGAAAUGGGGGAUCUCGCCCAGUAUCUCCAGUUCCUUGCAAACCGGAACGGAACAGUGCGAUCCUCACAAGAUUCCCCUAUAAGUGUGGAAACUCUACUGUAUAUGUCGACGCAAAUUGCAUCCGGAAUGAAAUAUUUAGAAUCGAAGCAUGUAGUGCAUAAAGAUUUAGCCGCAAGGAAUUGCCUGGUCGGCAGAGGAUAUAUAGUAAAAAUAACGGAUAUAGCGAUGUGCAAACCGCAAUAUCGUAAAGACUACGCUGAAAUUGGCGGGCGACCACCUGCGCCCAUAAGAUGGUUACCCUGGGAAUGUAUAUUACUGGAUCGUUACACGUGCUACAGCAGCGUGUGGUCUUUUGCAGUUACGAUGUGGGAAAUUCUCAAUUUUGCAAAUGAGAAGCCGUUCCAGAGUUUGACUAACGAAAGGGUCAUUCAGAACGCGGAGCACAUGUACUACGGUGGAGAAUUGGAGAUUCUUCUCGAAAAGCCCCUAAUCUGCCCUCCAGAAAUCUACGACCUGAUGUCGCAAUGCUGGAAACGCGACGAAACAGCCAGACCGACCUUCAAGCAGAUUCAAUUAUUCUUGAAGCACAACAACAAUGAUUUCAUACCAUCCGAUUGAAUAGCAAGAGUAGUUUUAUCAAGAGGACCGCAGAAUACUAAUUAUUUCCAUUAAUUCGUAUGCAUUCGCAUUUUGUCUGCUCAAAUAGUCGCUAGUAAUAAGAAAAACAUGUAACAAUCAUUCGCAAAAACAAAACAAAAAACUAUCACUCAUCAGUCAGUUUGAGUUUUAAUGGCUGAGUGCUUCCAAACGGAUUUAAGGAACUUUAUAAUAUAGAAGAACAAAAAAAAACUGUAAAUAGUAAAUAACAAAAAAAAUAGAUUUCCGCGAUCUUUCGUUUCGUUUCCUUUGCAAACAUCAUUCGAUUCUCAUUAAUCAUAAUCACACC